GCCCGGACAGGCAGGAGCAGGGUCCGGAGCAGAGCACCGCGGGCAGGAGCAGAAUGGGGGACGCCUUCAUCCGGCACAUCGAACUGCUGGGCUACGAGAAAAGGUUUUUCCCCAGCCAGCACUAUGUCUACAUGUUCCUGGUGAAGUGGAAUGACCUCUCCGAAAAGGUCGUCUACCGCCGCUUUACUGAGAUAUAUGAGUUCCACAAAGCGCUGAAGGAGAUGUUCCCCAUUGAAUCCGGGGACAUCAACAUAGAGAACCGGAUCAUCCCGCACUUGCCAGCCCCAAAGUGGUUUGAUGGGCAGCGCUCAACUGAGAACAGGCAGGGCACACUGGCUGAGUACUGCUACACACUGGUGAACCUGCCCCACAAGAUCUCCCGGUGCCUGCAUGUGGUCAACUUCUUCAAAGUCCGUCAUGAUGACAUGAACCCUGUCACAGACAGCCAGAUCAAGAAGCCUGAGGUCUUCCUCCUGACAAAGGAUUCCAAGAAAAGCCUCACUGACAUCACGGGCCCCAUUGUCCUGCAAACGUACCGAGCCAUCGCUGACUAUGAGAAGAGCUCCACGUCUGAGAUGGCUCUCAAGGCUGGGGACAUGGUGGAUGUUGUGGAGAAGAGUGAGAAUGGCUGGUGGUUUUGUCAAUUGAAGAAUAAACGAGGCUGGGUACCUGCUGCCUAUCUGGAGCCACUGGAUGGUCCCGAUGAGUCUGAAGAGCAGGAGCCUAACUAUGCAGGUGAGGCGUACGUGGUCCAGAAAAGCUACACUGCUGUGGAAGAGGAUGAGCUGACCCUCAAGGAGGGUGAUACCAUUGAAGUCAUCCACAAGCUCCUUGAUGGCUGGUGGGUGAUCAGGAAGGAUGAAACCACAGGUUAUUACCCCUCCAUGUACCUGCAGAAAGCUGGGGAGGUGAACACCUCUGUGAAGAGUGUGCUGAGGAACCGGGGUGCUCCUCCACGGAGAUCCACCAUCCGAAAUGUGAAGAGCAUCCACAAGCAGGGCCGGAAGCAAAUCAGCCAGGAGACCUACAGGAGGAACAGCAAGAAGUACAUCCAGAGCCAGCGGAAAAUACGGGGAAAUUCCCAGAACAAGGCCAAUGUCAUCAUUGAGAAAGAUGAGCCAGGGGACAACAAGCCCAAGGCUCAACCUGCUGUUCCUCCCCGUCCCAGCAAGGACCUCAUCCUGAACCGCUGCACUGAGAGCACAUGGAGGAAGAUCCUGUGAGGAUCCUGUGAGUCCCCACACCAGCUACCCAAAGCUUCAUCUCCUCCAGCUCCUGUGCAGCUAGGGCUCGGAGCCGGACCAGGGAUCCAGGUGGUUCUGGCAGCCACCACAGGCCAGGGAGGCUGCGGCCAUAUCAGCCCAGCCCAGUGCCCUUCCUCAUCCUCCACCUCAGCCCGCCCAUGGUGUCCUGAGAGCACUUGGAGGAGGGACCAGCCCUGCUCUACCAGCUCCUCAUAAGCACCAAGUCCUCAUCUCUACAUGCCCUUCUAUUACCUCUUUG